CCAGGCAUGUUUUAGUGAGGGAAGAAGAAAAGCAGGCAGCACCGGCAGAGGAAGGUGUCCAGGGCUGCUAUUAUCAGGCUUCUCUCCAGUGAGAAACACACCGAAUACAGACAGACGCAAAAAACUGCAGAAAAACAGUCAGUAUGCCUGGCGAAACCAUCAGGACUCGGCUCGGUCGCUGGCCAGAUGUUACGCUAUUCGAUGAGGAAUCAAUGAAUGUGGAUCUGGUGCCAGAGAAGAAUAAGAAGAAAGAGGAAGGGGUGUGUCGAAGGUGGUUUCGCAAAAUAUGCCCAUGCUGCUGUCAUCAAACCAGCAAUGAACCUGAUGAUGCUGGCACUGAGCUCAGUGUAGGGCCAGAGGAUCAUGGAGAAAAGCCACCAGCAGAAACUCCUGAGACAAAUGAAAAUCUGUUAUCAGUGCACUCCAUAGACCUCAUCAAGUCCAAAAAAGGUGAAAACCGCCUGAAUCAUCACACGGAGUAUUACCAUAGUGAUAACCUCAUCAUCCGCCGAGGGCAGACGUUUCAGAUGUGGAUAGAGCUCUCACGGCCUUUCAACCCCAAAACUGACAAACUACACCUCGAGCUCAAACUUGGUCCUAACCCAGCGGUAUCAAAGGGCACUUUAGUGAUCGUUCCUCUAGUUGACAAGCUACAGGACAAUUGCUGGGAAGCCAAGAUUGCUGACAAGCAAGGCAACAAAAUCAAACUAUCAGUCAACUCCCAGCCAACUGCUCCCAUUGGUCAAUACAAGCUCACUGUGGCAACUCAGACUCCCAAAGGGAAUAGCACUUCAACAUAUAAACCUGAAAAUGAUAUCUACAUGCUGUUUAACCCCUGGUGUGAAGAUGACUUGGUGUAUAUGGAUGAUGAGGAGGAGAGGAAAGAGUAUGUUCUGAAUGAUGUGGGGAGGAUCUACUAUGGUACCGAGUCUCAGAUUGGAGAAAGAACCUGGAACUUUGGACAGUUUGCUGAUGGGGUUCUGGCAGCAUGUCUGUUUGUACUGGAGAAGAGUCAAGCCCCUGCUUCUGGGUGGGGAGACCCUGUUAACAUUGUCAGACUUGUGUCGGCCAUGAUCAACUCUCCUGAUGACCAAGGUGUGCUGGAAGGCAACUGGUCUGGUAUCUAUGCAGAUGGGACGUCCCCAACGGCAUGGAGUGGCAGUGUGGACAUUCUGAAGCAGUACCACAAAAGCGGAGGCUUGCCUGUUAAAUACGGGCAGUGCUGGGUCUUCUCAGGGGUCACCACCACAGUUCUCAGGUGUUUAGGCAUCCCCACCCGCAGUGUCACAAACUUCAACUCCGCCCAUGACACAGACAUUUCCUUAACCAAUGACAUGUAUUUGGAUGAAAACAUGGAGCCAAUUUUGGAGCUCAACACUGAUUCUGUCUGGAAUUUUCAUGUGUGGAACGAAACCUGGAUGGCCCGAUCUGAUCUGCCAGUUGGCAUGGGAGGUUGGCAAGUCGUGGAUGCCACACCUCAAGAGACGAGUCAGGGCCUGUUCUGCUGUGGCCCUACCUCGGUGACGGCUGUCCGUGAUGGACAGGUCUACCUUAAAUAUGACGCGCGCUUCGUCUUUGCCGAGGUGAACAGUGAUAAGGUCUACUGGCAGAGGAACACUGAUGGCACCUUCUCUCAGAUCUACUGUGAAAAGAAUGCGGUGGGCCACUGCAUCAGCACCAAGGCAGUUGGCUCUGACAAGAGAGAAGACAUCACACACCUCUACAAACACCCAGAAGGGUCUGAAGAGGAGCGAAUCGCAGUAGAAACUGCCACUCGCUACGGGUCAAAGCCUAACAUCUACCCCUCUGCUGUGGCCACGGACGUCACAUUAGAGGUCACAAUGAAAGGAGAAGGGCCUCGGAUGGGGGAAGACGCACAGCUUUCCAUCAAUGUGAAGAACAGCAGCUCUGAGAAGCGCAGUACCAUCCUCCAUAGCCAGGUGGCAGUUAUGUACUACACUGGAGUGCAAAAGGCUAUGAUGAAAAAGGAUGAUAUAGUGGUGGAGCUCAAACCCAAUGAAGUCCAGACACUGGAAUGGACCCUUCCGUAUGACCUGUAUAAGAAUAAGCUGGUGGACCAGGCGGCCCUGAUGCUCACCGUAAGUGGGCGAGUCAGUGAGACCAAUCAGGUUCUGGCCACCCAGUUCAACUUCCGCCUGCGCACGCCAGACAUUAUAAUCACCCCUGUAGGGGAUGCUGUAGUUGGUAAAGAGAUGACAGCUAUAAUCACCUUUAAAAAUCCACUACCACAAGUCCUGAAAAAGGUGAAGUUCCGCAUCGAGGGCUUAGGCUUGCAGAACAUCCGAGAGAUCUCCUAUGGUGAUGUGGGCAGUCUGAUGACCAUCACCCUGACGGAGAAGUUUAUUCCAACCUUGCCUGGACAGCGGAAGCUGCUUGCUUCUCUGGACUGUCAGCAGCUCACGCAGGUUCACGGCGUUGCUGAGAUCCUGGUCAAGGAGAAGUGAAAACAGUCGGGAAUCCAAACUGACUCACCAUGAACUUUCCUCGAUGCCUAGGAGCAAAAAUAAGAAAAUGUAGUGAGGGUAAAAACAGUAACUGUACAUCAUAGCACUGUAUUCAAAUUAGAAACUACGAAGUCUUGUUAGAUGGUUCAAUGGUUUUGUAGCAUUUCCUAAAAUCUUGUUCUAGUAAGAACACAAAUGUUAUGCAUUCUAGCUUUGCAGGGGAAGAUUUCAUUCCACCUGAUAGUGCUGAAUGAUGCUGAUUCUGAUGUGUAUCAGCAAAAUCUCUUGACACUCUUAGGAAUAAAAGGUAAAUCUAGAACCCUAAAGGGUUAUAUAUCAAAGAUGGUCUACCAGCUUGACCAGCUGGUUAGACCAUCCUGGAUUUUUCAGAGAGGAUUCCAAGUUGAACCAUCGUUAGGAAGUUAAGAAUUCUUACCUUAACCCUUAAAGAACCACUUUUUCUAGCAGUGCACUUUAAUAGAAGACUGUAAACUUACUUUUUUUAAUAUGUUCUAUGACCAAUGCCGAUCCUUUGUCAUCCUGCAUUCUUGUGGUGCCCUCUGGUGACUCUGGGGCCUGAACUGACUACAUAUCCAGCUUACUGCUAGAAAUAGCCCUUCCUACAAGCCUGGAUGUUUGUGUCACACAUGGCAUAUGAUGAUGAACCCUAAUCCUAUUGUAUCAUUAAUUUAUUUAUAGAAAUUUACAAUCUUGAUGAUGUGCGAGUCUUUAUAUCGCUGGCUAUAGCUGUCACCGUAAUGGUGAUUUAAUCUGCCUGCUUAAAAUCUGGUGUGGAUUUAAAUACUGUUUUCAAGCAGUAUUUAAAUAAAAAUAAAUGAAUUUGAAGCAAUUAAAUAAAAUGCUUCAAAGAUGCUUUCAUUUCACAUUACACAAGCAUUUUUUUCACAGCAAUUUUUAAUUCACCCAUGUGUGUUUAGGUACUAGGUGUUGUGAAGCCCAGAAAUUCUGGCACAAUGUUUCAUUUUAUUUAUCAUCAUGCACUAGUUGUUGUUUACAAUGUUUAUUUAUACUCAUUACUUAUUUUAACUUUAUAUAAAUUAUUUGUUAUUAUAACUUAUCUGUAUUAUGUGUACAAGUUUUGUUGUCUAAUUAUAACAGGAAUGUAAUAAUUAUACAAAUGGAAGUUUAGCUAAUGCCUAAUUGCACUGUAUGUUUAAAAGCUGUAUUGUAUAAAUAUAAUUUUAUACACUCAAUCCUGACAUUCUGAAACCAGUAAAAAUCCUUCUGAACAUUCA